UUAGAAUUCUACGCACGAGAGCUUCUCGACUCGGUCAGAAUGGGUCGCGGGGGCAGGCCAAGCCUGAGACAGGGCCUGGACAAGGAUGUCUAUCAGAUUGUGCGCAAAAUUGUUGAUGAGCAGGCUGAGAACGGCGCCGUCCGGUUAUCGGUCUCUACGAUUUAUGAAACCAUCAAGCGGUCCAAUUCGAGUCUGAACCGCAAACCGAAGAGGAUCUUAGAGGAUAGCAUUGAGCGCGUGGUGGAGGUGAUCAAAGGUGAUGAAGAGGAGGAGGACUCGGUAGAAGGCGACUUUGAAGGACUGGAGGAGCCGGCGGCACCGGAGUCCAACAGCCUCAACAAAAGCCUAGUCGGCAUGUGGAACACCACCAACGCAACGAAUUCCCAGAAGCAGAGCGAGACGACAGAGACGGCCGCGCCGGCCGCUAAAUCCUCGACGAAGAAACGACACCAUGGCGGUGAAUCGCACUCCUCUAAGCGUCGCAAGGGUGACGCCGCCGUCGACAGAUCCCCGCCUACGCACAUCAGUCUUGCGGACUUGGGUGGCCUGGACGAUGUGGUCGAGCAACUCGGAGAUCUGGUCAUCCUCCCCAUGACCCGCCCGCAAGUCUACAUGUCAUCCAACGUGCAACCGCCGCGCGGCGUGCUGCUCCACGGUCCGCCAGGUUGCGGUAAAACCAUGAUCGCCAAUGCGUUCGCGGCCGAGCUGGGCGUCCCCUUCAUCUCUAUCUCCGCCCCAUCAGUCAUCUCCGGCAUGUCUGGUGAAUCCGAGAAGGCUCUGCGCGAGUACUUCGAGGAAGCCAGGCGUAUCGCGCCGUGUCUGAUCUUCAUCGACGAAAUCGAUGCCAUCACACCGAAGCGUGAAAGCGCCCAGCGCGAAAUGGAGAAGCGCAUCGUGGCCCAGCUCCUGACCUGCAUGGACGACCUUGCUCUCGAAAAGACCGACGGCAAGCCGGUCAUUGUGCUCGCUGCCACCAACCGCCCAGACAGUUUGGACGCCGCUCUCCGCCGCGGAGGCCGCUUCGACAAGGAAAUCAACAUGACAGUGCCCUCAGAGCCCGUGCGCGAGCAAAUCCUCCGUGCGCUGACCCGCAAGAUGCGUCUCGCCGACGACCUCGACCUCAAGCUCCUCGCCAAACGCACGCCGGGCUUCGUUGGCGCCGAUCUCAACGACCUGGUAGCCACGGCCGGCUCAACGGCGAUCAAGCGCUACCUCGAGAUCCUGAAAUCCAACAGCGGGCCCGAAGACGAGAUGAUGGACGACAUCGGCGACCUCAGCGUGGUCGACGACCUCAGCCCCAAGGUCAAAGAGAUCCGGCGGCUGAUCCUGCACGCCAAGGACACGCCGAUCGGCGACGAAACGCAGACGGUGCUGGUCUCGAACGCGGACUUCUUCACGGCGCUGCCCAAGAUCCAGCCGUCGUCGAAACGCGAGGGCUUCGCGACGAUCCCGGACACGACGUGGGCGGACAUCGGGGCGCUGGGCGGCAUCCGGGACGAGCUGUCGACGGCGAUCGUCGACCCGAUCCGCAACCCGGAGAUCUACGCCAACGUGGGCAUCACGGCGCCGACGGGCGUGCUCCUCUGGGGACCCCCCGGGUGCGGUAAGACGCUGCUGGCCAAAGCGGUGGCCAACGAGUCGCGCGCCAACUUCAUCAGCGUCAAGGGGCCGGAGCUGCUCAACAAGUUCGUGGGCGAGUCCGAGCGCGCCGUGCGCCAGGUGUUCGUGCGCGCCCGCUCCUCCGUCCCCUGCGUCAUCUUCUUCGACGAGCUCGACGCCCUCGUGCCCCGCCGCGACGAUACCCUCUCCGAGGCCUCCGCCCGCGUCGUCAACACCCUCCUCACCGAGCUCGACGGCCUCGGCAGCAGCCGCCAGGGCAUCUACGUUAUCGCCGCCACCAACCGCCCCGACAUCAUUGAUCCCGCCAUGCUGCGCCCCGGCCGCCUCGAGACCCUGCUGUUCGUCAACCUGCCCAGCCCCCUCGAGCGCGCCGACAUCCUGCAGACCCUCGUCCGCAACUUGCCCAUCGAGUUCGACGAUAACCUCCGCCGCCUCGCUGAGGAGUGCGAGGGCUUCAGCGGUGCAGAUCUCGGCAGCUUGCUGCGCCGCGCUGGUUACUCCGCUAUCAAGCGCCGGGACAUCAUCAAAUUUGAGGACUUUGUGGCUGCCAAGGCCUUCAUUAGACCCAGUGUGACGGAUUUGAAGAAGUAUGAGCGCUUGAGGAGGGACUGGAGUGGUGGUGUCGUUUAG